CCCGAUCAAUCACCUUCUACCAACAAAAUGCAGUUCAUCACCGUCUUGAUUGCUACCCUGGCCGCCGUUGCCUCUGCCUCCCAGACCGCCGAGAAGCGUUCCUGCGUCGCCAACUACGACGUUGCCUGCACCUCUGGUGGUGACCCUUGCUGCGAUGGCUGGCAGUGCGUUGGCGCCACCGAGUGGAACGCCGGUGUUUGCAUCCCUAACUACUAAGGGAUGAUGUUGGGUCUUUUCUUAUGUUACUUGUGUGAUCGAUAUACCUGCCUAGCUGGUCUAGACAAUUCGCA